AACAGUUUUCAUUUCAUUACAAUUAUAUUUUUUAUACUGACGCAAAAAAAAAGCAGGGGCAGAAGAAAGCAGAAAACAGAAAACAGUUACCGCACAAGAAUAAAUACUACAAAUGUCGAAGGACCGCAUCAAUAUCUUCCCUUCGCGCGCCAAUCUUGUGCUCAUGAAACAGCGCAUUGUAGCGGCAACAAGAGGCCUGAACAUGCUUAAGCGAAGACGCGAUGCGCUCGAAAUGAAACUGCGCGAAAUGGUAUCCGAUUUGGAUGCAGCGCGAGAGGUGGUGGAUAAGGUGAUGGCCGAUGCGUUAUUUUCAAUGGCCAAAGCGAAUUUCCUCGACGCCGACUUGCGCGCCUGCGAACUAAUGCAAAUUAAUAGAGCUGACAUUUACUUGCGCAUAAAGAAUGCCAAAGUAGCGGGCUUACUGCUGCCACAAUUCCAGUUGUUCGUCGAUAGUCCGGCUAGUUUCCCGUUCACCGGCUUGUCGCGUGGCGGCGAACAAGUCGAAAUCGUGCGUGAGCACUUUCAAGAUGCCGUACGUACAUUGGUCUCACUCGCCUCGCUCGAGUACUCAGUGCAUACGCUGCGCGAUGGUGUACGUCAAAAUAAUAUGCGUGUCAAUGGCUUGGAAUAUGUGGUGUUGCCGCGUUUUCAAAAUACAGUCAACUAUAUACGCGAUGAACUGGAGGAAUAUGAACGUGAAGAUUUCUAUCGUUUGAAGCGUUCGCAAGCUAAACAACGCAAGCGGAAAGAGAAGUUUGCACUGCUGCUGAAGAUGAAAAAUUUGACCGCCGAACAAUUGGCUGAAUUCGAAGCGUUGGAAAAACAGCAGCCGACAACGAUCCCGUCACAUGGUAUAGUGGAAGAUUUUGAUGCGAAGAAAUUCCAAUCUGGUAAUGAGAUGGCACCUAUAAAAGAGGAGAAUGAGGAAGAUCAAUUGUUAUAAACUAAUAAUCUGUUAUCGUGAAAUUGUGCAUAUGAAACAAGAAACAUACUUUGAUUUUACAAUUCUACCACAGCAAUAAAUAUGAACUAUAUUUGAAAUGUAAAAAAAUCAUAAUAGUAUAAAUCAAAUUUAAA